UGAGGGUAGCUAGUAGUGCUAGUAACUAACAGGAUCAACCAGUGAGCGUAUUCGUCAGCUAAUAUAUAAACAUUCAAUCGUAACCUACCAUGUCUCAAAACGUUCCGUUUGUUCUCGCUAAGAAAGUGAGAGCAGCCGAAAAGAAUCACAGUCAUUCUCAUGAGCCUGGUCAGGAACAUGGCCAUACGCACGAAGCGAUGCAAAGACAAGGCGACUUCCAUUCAAGGCCACGAGCCUCCAAAAGGACUGACUUCGCUACGCGGGCCUUUACCGUCGGCAUCGGUGGCCCUGUCGGGUCAGGAAAGACAGCUCUCACUCUUCAGCUGUGUCGGCUGCUCCGCGACCAAUACAGCCUGUGUGUGGUAACCAAUGAUAUAUUCACUAGAGAAGAUUGGGAAUUUCUGGUACGAAAUGAUGCCUUGCAAGAAGAACGAAUGCGUGCAGUGGAAACAGGAGGCUGCCCGCAUGCUGCCAUUCGUGAAGACUAUUCAGCCAACAUGGACGUGAUCAAAGAACUAACGCUUAAUUUUCACCCGGAUCUCAUCAUCGUCGAAUCAGGUGGAGACAAUCUCGCUGCAAAUUUCAGCAGUGAGCUUGCUGACUACAUCAUCUACUGUAUAGACGUAGCAGGUGGGGAUAAAAUUCCUCGAAAAGGUGGACCUGGAAUUACCGAGAGUGAUCUAUUGGUAAUCAAUAAGACUGAUCUAUCGGAAGCUGUUGGAGCGGACAUGUCUGUAAUGAUUCGAGAAGCUAAUGUAAUGAGGUCCGGUGGGCCAACCCUUCUAACCCAGGCUAGGCACAACGUAGGUGUUAAGGAAGUUGCCGAGCAUAUUCUGCAGUCUUUACAGAACAGCCGUGCUAAAUAAGAACCAAAUGAGGCAGAAUGAUGCGCUUCUAUAUCACGGAAAGCAUUGUUGUAUGCUCAAGCGCCAACAUGGCAAUAUGAAAAACAGUGUACACAUAAGAAGCAAUGUUGUUGCGUCUAAUAAAAUGCUAGAGCAGUUUCAGGCGUGAAAUUCGACAUGUGAGCAGAAGGAUUUGAAGUCCUAUUUGUAACGUGAAAACGACAAUCAAGAAAAUAAAAAUGAGAUAUAUAC